AUGUAAAUUAAUUAAGAGUUUCUUUGUUUUGAAAAAAAUGAAAAAAUAAGUAAAAAUAAUAAAAAUUACUUAGUUGAGGAAUUAGCCUCUUUGAAUAAUCAUCAAGAAAUUAUAGAUUUUUGUGAUAGUUAAAUUUCUUCUAUCAAAUUUUCAUAAAUUAAUUCUUUGACAAACUAAAGUAAUCUGUUUUUUAUUAAUCUUUAGCUCACAUCUUAGAUGAUUCUUUAGAAUUGUAUAAAGCUACUGAAUAAUCAAGUGGAAGUUAGAUCCUUUCAAGGGUUGAUUCUUUUGUUAAUAAAUUUCAGAUUGAACAUGCUUAUGAGGUUUACUAUAAAUAAAAAAGUAUUAAUUAAAUUUAAAUAGUUAAAAGCCUAAAAAUUUUAUAAAGAUAUGAAGAAGUAAUUGAAUGCUGUGAUCAAUUGCAAAUUUUAUGCUAGGAAAACAAUUAAGAAAUUUAUUGCUAAAAAGAAAAAAGUUAUUAUUUUAUAAUAAGAAUAGCCUAAGCAUUAUUUAAAUAAGAUAAACUUAAUGAAUUUAUUUAAUUGAUGGGUUUAGAUAAAUAAGAAAAUAAGCAUAAUAUGAAUUAUUAUUUAUAGAUGGGUAAAGAUUAUUUAAAUAUUAUAAGUAAAGAAUCUAAAGGAUUAAGGUUUAAUCUAAGAAGCAGUAGCAUGUUUGGAUUAUGGAAUAAUAUAAAAUGAUUCAUUUUAAGAAUAAUUUUAUCAAGAAAGAGGUUCUAAAAUUAUAAAUAUGUAUAGAGAAACUAUUAAAAAAUAAUGAAAAGAUUAAUGAAGCAGAAGCAUACUAAAAGUAAUUAGAUAGUCUUGAAUUAAGCUGA